UCUCAAUCCACGCAACUAACAACACUCUACAUGAUUCACCAAAUUGUAUCAACAGCAAGAGUAUUAAAGCAGACGACCUCCCUAUUCACGAGAACGACUAACAUUCUGUACAAACCUCAAAACAUGUCUCUGAGACGCUCAGCUCGCGUUGCAAGUAAUAUCACGCCAGUACCAUUGGAUGUCAAAGCCCAGGACAGUGUUGCGAAAUACGAGAAAGUCAGCAAAGCGAGUGUACCUGCGAAGAAGCGCAAAACCACAAAGGCGCCUGCCAAAACAUUACCCGAUGCAACCAAGAGCGAAAGUACUACCAACGGAGCAGAAAGCUCGGAUUCAGUGAAUCCAGCUUCAUUCCUCCCAGCAACGCCCCUACCCAAGAAGCGCAAAGCGGUAUCGAAGUCAACGUCAGAACCAGAAUCGCCACUAAAACCACCAUCAUUCACACCAACACCUGCUAGUGCCAGCAUCUACUCCUCUACGUCUUCGUUCUCUCCCCCUAAUCCCACCACUCGACCAGCAGCUCCUCACAUCACAAACGCCAAUUUGGCCACUCCAAAUGGCUCGCACGUGGUGCAAGCCUACGCUUCGUCUCCUGCAAAACCCGCUGACCCUUCGCCUGCCAAGAAGCGAAAAGCAAAAGAGAUUGUCCCGCCGGAUGUUGGUGCCAUUCCCCCCGCGAGCACGGACAUCGAUAAUCUGUUGAAAGACGCAGAGGAGUUUCUUAUCAAGACAGAUUCUAAAUUAGAAAGAGUUGUAAGAGGACACAAGUGUGAGAUUUUUAGUCCAGAUGGAUUGAGAGAAGUAGUGAGGCCGUUCGAGUCGCUGGGAAAGGGGAUUAUUGGACAGCAAGUAUCAGGCCAAGCAGCCGCAUCAAUUCGUGCAAAGUUUACUGCUCUCUUCCCUGAGACACACCCUUCUUUCCCUUCUCCCGCCCAGGUUCUCACCAAAGAUAUCCCUACAUUGCGUACAGCAGGUCUCUCCCAACGCAAAGCAGAAUAUAUCUAUGGAAUCGCCGAGAAAUUCUCUUCCGGUGAGCUCUCCGCUGAGAUGCUGGUUAGUGCUAGCGAUGAAGAGCUCAUCGAGAAGCUAGUAGCGGUGAGAGGAUUGGGACGAUGGAGUGUAGAGAUGUUUGCUUGUUUUGGGUUGAAGAGGAUGGAUGUUUUCUCGACUGGAGAUCUUGGUGUACAACGAGGCAUGGCCGUAUACGCAGGCCGUGAUGUAAACAAGCUCAAGAACAAGGGUGGGAAGUGGAAAUAUAUGACCGAGCAAGAGAUGCUCGACAUGGCUUCCAAGUUCAAGCCAUACAGGUCGCUCUUCAUGUGGUACAUGUGGCGGAUUGCCGAUGUGGAUCUUACUGUUCUGCAGAAGACUUGAUCAACAGGAAGUGACCAUUGUGUUGGGUCACAUUGGUCCUUGCGGUAGGACAAGCAUGUACAUCAUGUGGUCUAUGUGUGGUGGUGGGGUGAUGUACUGCUGGGUAGAGGUGGGGCGUGGGUCGCGGGCGGUACAGGCCGUUUCCCCGCUGGGCAUAGAACACUUGGUUUAUGGAUCAAACAUCUCGUAGAGUGCCCGUCCACACUUGUGGUUUGUUCGAUGCACAAGGGUUUGUUGCUCAAAUAAAAUACCCAGACAGGAGGUUGUUAUUGCUCGUAGGCGCAUGGAAAUUGUCAUCCGACAUCUUUCUGGUUGAAUAUCGAUAACAUGUCAUACCAUUCUGGUAUGCUUGGCCUCGAACAUCCACAGCAAGUUGGCUUCAAAGCAGA